AUGUCAUUAGAGAUUAUUAAUAGGGUCAAAGACCUAUUAGGUGAUAAUAUACCUAUAACUGUUAUUUCUCAAGGUGCAGAAGCAGUUGUUUUUCUAAGUAAUGUACAUCCUUAUUUGCUUUCAAAUGACAGUAAUAAGAAAUAUGUCCUGAAAUACCGGCCCCCAAAAACGUAUAGGCAUCCUGUAAUUGAUAAAUCUUUGACUAAACAUCGAACAUUGAGUGAAUCAAGGCUUCUGUCAAAGCUGCAUCUAAUAAAAGGGUUGAACGUUCCAAAAAUGUACGCAUGCGAUGUUUACAAUGGUUGUAUAUGGUUGGAGUUUCUAGGCGAAGAACUGCCAGAAACUGGGAACUUUAGUAGUUUGAAGAAUUUCCUUUGGUCCAGCCUACAGGACCCAUGUAACGAUUCUAUUCGGGACAUUUUGACCAAAGUUGGUAUGCAAGUGGGAUUACUACAUUGGAACGACUACUGUCAUGGAGAUCUAACAAGUUCCAACAUUGUGCUGGUAAGAGGAAAAGAACAUGGCACUUGGGUUCCAUAUCUGAUAGAUUUUGGACUAGGUUCCACUUCUAAUCUCUUAGAGGACAAGGGCGUUGAUUUGUACGUUUUGGAGCGGGCUAUUAGCAGUACGCACUCUGCAUUUGCUGAAAAAUACUUUGAUUGGAUUAUGGAAGGUUAUAGGUCAGUAUAUAGUGCCAAUGGCAAAGAAGGCGAGCGGAAACUGAGGGAAUUAUUGAAAAGAUUCGAAGAGGUUAGGCUGCGCGGGAGAAAAAGAAGUAUGUUAGGCUGA